AUGUCGGUAGUGCAGCCCUCUGACGCUGAUCACCACGACCGAUGCGAGCCGCCCUCGCUCGAAGAUUUCGACAUCGACCCGACCACCGGCUUCUUCCCUCCACAGCCUCUUCCGAGGUUACGGGGCGCGUUCUCUAUCUGGGAGGACGCUCUCGACGACGCGAAGAUAGUGCUCCGACUGAACACCGGCGCCACAACGUCCGUCGAAUCGUCGACCAGUCAGGACGCCGGCCACGUGUGGCGAAACAAGGUCCGUCAGUGGCCAGUGUUGUCCAUCGACGCCGGGCGGACAGACCUUCGGUUCCUGCAGCGCGCGCACAUGGUCCUCGCGUUCGUGAUGCACUUCUACGUGCACUCCGCCGAUCCGUCCGCAGCCCCGGUCGUCCCGAGAUCUAUCGCCGUUCCCCUCGUCAGCAUCUCGAAUGCGCUCGGCACCGCGCCCGUGCUCACCUACGCCGACACCGUCCUCUGGAACGCGCGCCCGAUCGACGCCGACCUCCCGCUUUCCUGCGACAACAUCGAAUUCGAGCACCUUUUCUCCGGCACGCCCGACGAGCACGCGUUCUACAUGGCCUCCGCCCGCGUCGAGCUGCUCGGCGUCCACGCGCUGCACAUCAUCCACCGGCACCACCACCUCCUCGCCUCUUCCUCCCCCUCCUCCUCCUCUUCCUCCUCGCUCGCCUCCGACCUCGAGCAGCUCGUGAGCGUGAUCGACGCGCUCUCGGACGCGAUCGCGGCCGUGCGCUCCGAGUGCGACCCGCACGUGUUCUACCACGCGAUCCGUCCCUGGUUCUGCGGGAGCGACGCGCGGGGGCCGGGGGGGUGGGCGCUCGAGGGCGCCCCCGAGGCGCGCCUGCUGAGCGGGCCGUCGGGCGGGCAGAGCGCGCUCGUGCACGCGCUCGACGCGUUCCUCGACGUCGACCACGCGCUGGCGCGCUCGGCGGGGCGCGCGCCGGCGCCGUCCGCGGCGAACGCGCGCGCGGACCUCGGGUUCAUGGCGCGCAUGCGGCUGUACAUGCCCGCGCGGCACCGGGCGUACCUGCAGGAGGCGGUGGAGCCCGUGAGGGAGCGCGCGAGGAGGGAGGGGGGGGAGGAGGCGCGGGAGGCGUAUAACGCCGCGGUCGGCGCGCUGAGGAGGCUCCGGGACGGGCAUAUACGCGUCGCGUGCCUGUAUAUCGUGGCGGUGCCGCAGGCGGCGGCGAGGGCGUGCCCGGUGAUGGCUAGGUUGGCGGCGCAGGAGGAGGCGGGGGAGACGAAGACGAAGGCGCCUGCGAGGGGUACCGGCGGGCUGGCGGUCGCGCUGCAGCUCAAGGCGGGGCGCGACGCGACGAGGAGAGCGGCGCUUUAGCGGCGUGCGUUUUUGCGGCAGGGGCAAAGAAAAGAGGCUGCCCAGGAGGCGGUUGUUUAUUCGUUAUUUUUUUUUAAACUUGUCAGCAGCUUAGAGAGCUUCUCCCCUUUAAUCCCGCCAGAGUACUAAUGUAGCAUUAGCGCGUAGUGAUGAUCCCUCGCAGUAGUCAUAUAGUCGGUCGUGUUGUCAGCGUUCCUCAUCCUCUUCUGUAUUCCCGUUUUCGCCGUAAUCUUUGUGCGAUCCGAUAAUCCGGUUGUGAAACUCCGAGCCCCCUUGGCGCUGGCGCUCCAUCUCCAGAGUCGUCGCAGUAGUAGCGUAAGCAAACGAUCAAUGCGAAUCGAUGAUACAAUGCAGUCGAAGGAGCGCGCGCGCGCAUGCGCAGUCGAGUCGUGGCUCGUGGCAAGACCGCCGUCGCCAGGAGGUGAAACGCGCGCGAGAUGGCCAAUACAAAGACUGAUGAACGGGCGGCGGGAGGGAUCAAGAUAGAAGGCGUAUCGUAAGCGUCAGAGCGAAGCCCCCAUUUCAAGGUCAAGAGGCGACGGGGGGGUUCCAGAGGGUCGUUUAAAGCGGACGUUUGAGG